AUGCAUAGUUUCGAGACACACUUGUACUCCGCCGCCUUGACAAGACGCGUUCGGAGGCGACUCGAACCCUCUUUAAAGCUCAGCCACCCCUUCAGUGUGCCCCUGGUUCAGGAUAGCCGAGGGUGCACCUCAACUGGUACAGGCGUCAGGGCGUUGCAGUUUUGGGAAAAUGUUCCCACACCGCUCAUUCGAGAUGACAACCAAGAGGCCAUUCCAGCCAACAGGACGUGGGCGUCCGAGGCAUCACGCGCCAGCGUUUGGCCUCACCGCCGAUGUCCCGAGUGGGUCACGAGUCUCGAAGCCAAGCCGUCUUGCGUCACGAGGCGACGUGGAUAG